AAGUGGGAUGUGGAGCCCAUAGUUGGUCCUAUGCUUUGCUGGCUUGAAGCUCUCCAUUGUUGAUUUUUAAUGGGGUCUGUCUGCUAAGAAGACCCCUCCAACCCAACCCCAACUCCCCUUCAAAAAAAGAAAACUAAAACAAAAUUCAAUUCAAUUCACCUCUUUUCUGGAAAUGCUGAUACCUCAUUUUCAUUCUCUUCUUCAGUCUCAUCACUUUCUUCCAACUACUCAUACCAAACAAAGCUCAAUUUAUUAAAAAAAAAGUACCCAAAAAAUAAAAAUACAAUCUUUCUGCAAUUUUUACUGGUUUUGAUUUUGAUGUAUCUUUAGAUCUGAAAGUAUUUGCAGCCACAAGUAGUAUUUGUUUGUUUUUCUCUUUUUUCUGGAUCUUUGCUCAGCUUCUGGGUACCCCAACAAAGAGUGGGAGUCCCCCAAUUAUAAGGGAGAAUUAUAACUGGGUUUCGGAGCUCGAAUCAAAUAAAAUCAAAUCAAAUUGAAAAUUUGAGACUAAAUUAGACUGGAAUAUGAUCUGUUAGACAUAUUGAUCAAUAUAUAUGUCAAUAUUGUAGAAUUUAGGGUGUGUUUCGAUUUUAUGGUGUUGUAGACUAGACUUGUAGGGGUGAUUUGCGUAUUGUAAGAAGGGUGGAGUUGCAAUUUUUAGGUGGAAAAAAGGGAGGGUGUAAUAUUGUUGGGUGAAAAAGUUGUUUAUAAGUGUCCCAUAUGAAAUGUGGGGAAUUAGGAGGGUGGUUUGGUUGAGAUGAGGUAUGCUAUCAGGGUUCAUGAAUUUUCUGAGGGCCUGUUUGUGGCCAGUUUCGGAUCCUUCAAUCCACGCGGGUUCGGAUUCGAUUGGGCGUCAAGAAGGGUUACUAUGGUACAAGGACACUGGGCAGCAUGUUAAUGGUGAUUUCUCAAUGGCUGUUGUGCAAGCCAAUAGUUUGCUUGAGGAUCAAAGUCAACUUGAAUCAGGCAGCUUGAGCACACUUGAUUCUGGUCCCUUUGGUACUUUUGUGGGCGUCUAUGAUGGGCAUGGUGGCCCGGAGACUUCGCGUUAUAUCAAUGAUCACCUCUUUCGUCAUCUCCGCAGAUUUGCUACUGAACACCAGUGCAUAUCUGCUGAUGUAAUUCGGAAGGCAUUUCAAGCAACAGAAGAAGGAUUUUUAUCUGUUGUUACUAGGCAAUGGCCAAUGAAACCCCAAAUCGCAGCUGUUGGAUCAUGCUGCUUAGUAGGAGUGAUAUGUAAUGGGACUCUUUAUAUCGCAAAUCUUGGUGAUUCUCGAGCUGUAUUGGGGAGACUUGUCAAGGCAACAGGAGAAGUUCUUGCAGUCCAGCUCUCAACAGAGCACAAUGCAUGUUUAGAGGCUGUGAGACAGGAGCUGCGGUCAAUGCAUCCUGAUGAUUCACAUAUUGUCGUGUUAAAGCAUAAUGUUUGGCGUGUAAAGGGCCUUAUACAGGUUUCUAGAUCUAUUGGAGAUGUAUAUCUUAAGAAGGCUGAGUUCAAUAGAGAACCUCUAUUUGCCAAAUUCCGACUCAGAGAACCUAUCAAAAGACCGAUAUUGAGCGCAGACCCAUCAAUUAUAGCUCAUGAGCUGCAGCCACAUGAUCAAUUUGUAAUAUUUGCUUCUGAUGGAUUGUGGGAGCACCUUAGCAAUCAACAAGCUGUUGAUAUUGUCCAAAAUAAUCCACGUAAUCAGGGAAGUGCUAAGAGACUGGUUAAAACUGCACUUCAAGAAGCGGCUAAGAAGCGAGAAAUGAGAUAUUCGGACCUGAAGAAAAUUGACCGUGGGGUUCGCCGUCAUUUCCAUGAUGACAUCACUGUGGUUGUGGUGUUCCUCGACUCAAAUCUUGUGAGUCGGGCUACGAGUGGAUCUAAGGGUCCACAAGUAUCAAUUAGAGGAGGUGGGAUUACCCUGCCUUCGAAUACUCUAGCACCCUCGUAGAUGCUCACUUGUCAUGCUAAAUGGCUUUCAGAAAAUCAGGUGCGUUUUUGAAGAAGGGGAGAGGCAAAAGGAGAGGGUACUAUAACGUGUUCUCAUGAUUUAUGCCGUAGCUACUUUUAACUUGGAACUGACAGUGGAUUUUAAAGGUCUGUCGUGGAAUCGAGAACAGUGUUAUAUGGAAAUCAGAAUACCUCAGGUGAUGGUUAUGGUAGUUAAAUUCCUCAUAUUGACUAGUAUCUUUUGUUACGAGGAUUUUCCACUUUUACCCUAUCUAUUUGUUUAAUUCUAUUGUUUUACUUAAUAUAUCCGAAGGGUGCUUUUAGGCCCAUUGUAUAAAAAGAAAGGGAAAGAAAAAGGGGCCAUUUUGGCUAUACUCUUCAGUCUGAACUUCUUAAGAAACUUUUAGCUAAGAUGCUAACUGAAAGGGGCUUUAAGCUUCUUCAGCCUAGCACGAAUUUGUGAUUUCGCCUCCUUUGGUUCAGAUUUGGAGUUAAUUUGCUCCCCACUUGGGGUUUGUAGAUAUGGGUUUGGAUAGUUUCUUCGCUUUUAUUGCAUAAACUGUCUUUAAGGUAGGCACUAGGACAUUGGCUUUAGGCUGGACCCUUUUGAAUUGUUUUUCCUUGGAGGAACUUGUAAUAUACGAAGUAUAAAUUGGCUGUUAACUUGUUGAACGAUGAUGUUUGCUAUUCGAGCUGUCCAUCUGGUUUAAGGAUAGGGUUGUAUAUAUCUUGCCAUUUA